CUUCAGGGAGCUCUUUAUCUUUUUCUUGGCUUCCUUUUUCUUCUUCCCGAUUCUCAUGGCUCUUGGCUGGCGCCUAUCGAGACGGGGAGCCUCGAUUGUCAGGUGAGCGCCCGCGCUCACCUGGAUGAUGUUCUAUCUCUCAAAUCAGUAUAGCCCCUUUAUAUUUUCCAUAAUAUGUUCGAUGUCAAUUACCUGGGGUGGUGCCAUUGGGGUCGUAAAAUCGUCGAUUGUGGUUGUUCCGUUUAUCGAGAGUGAGGGAGCUAGACACUCGUUAGAUCAAAGAUACAUAUACAUGAUGGUGAUUAUUAUACACUCACAGUGGUCUCAAGGAGGUGCUCGGAGGUAGAAAAAGAGAGGACGAGGGAGAAGAAUCGGAGGAUUAUAUAUGCACAGAGCACC